AUGACAUUCACCACAAAUAUGUUUGUUAGAGGUGCAGAUAAGUCAUAUGCAAUGGAGGGGGGGGGGAACUUUAACUUUAAGAAAAAUGAUAGCAAAAGAAUAGUUAUCAGGUGUGAUAAGGAAUAUUCAUUUCAAAUGAGAAUUAGUAAAAGCUUAGCCAACCAAUUCUGGAAGUUGGUGAGUCUGAAUGAUGAUCACAUUUUUCAUGGGACUGCCAAGAAUAUGCAAGCUAAAAUUGUUUGGAUAGCCAAGAAGUUUAUACCAAUCCUAAGACAUGCACCUGAAAUGAUGCCAAAGGGAUUGAUUGUAAAGGCACUUGAAGCGGAGUGUGAAGUUGUCCUCACCUCAAGCAUAUAG